UAGAUGCCACUGCGGCGGCUGCCUUGCCGCCCCGCGCGCGCGACGGGCGACUUUUUAGACGCGCUCUCCACCCUCGCCGCCCACCACCCGUUCGGCGAAACUCCCCACCCGCUGGCCGCGAGCGCCACGCCUCUCGCCGCCCUACACGCGCGACUCCUCGCCGGCCUUCCGGUCUUCCCCACCGCGUUCUCCGCGGCCGUCGCGUCCUCCUGCCGGGACUGCCUGCCCGCGCUCCACGGCCUUGCGGUCGCCUCGGGCUUCGACGCAUUCGCCACCGUCACCAACUCCCUCGCGGCCGGCUACGCCAAGGCCGGUUCAUUCCCCUCGGCCGCCAGGGUGUUCGCCACCGCGCGGGCCUGGGAUGUCAGCUCCUACAACACCAUGGUCUCCGCGAUACCCGACUCCGACGAGGCGCUCGCGUUCGCCGCGCGGAUGCUGCGGUCCGGCGCCGUGCGGCCUGACGCCGUCACGUUCACCGUCGCGCUCUCGCUCGCCGCCGGCCGGGGGGAAGCCGGCCUCGUGCGGCAGCUGCACGCGCUGGCGUCGCGCGCGGGGCUCGCCGCCGACGUGUUCGUCGGCAACGCGCUCGUCACGGCCUACUCCAGGGGAGGAUCCCUUAACGCGGCCCGGAAGGUGUUCGAGGAGAUGCCCGCGCGGGACCUCGUCUCCUGGAACGCGCUGGUUUGCGGACUCGCCCAAGAUGGCGACUGCCCGGCGGAGGUGAUCCGGGUGUUCCUUCGGAUGCUGAAGGACGGCGCCGUUCGGCCUGACCGGAUAUCCGUCUGCAGCGUGAUCCCGGCGUGUGGCGGCGAGGGAAGGCUUGAGCUUGGCAGGCAAAUCCACGGCUUUGCGGUGAAGCUGGGCAUCGAGGGGCACGUCUCCAUCGGCAAUGUGCUCGUCGCAAUGUACUACAAGUGUGGCACUCCCGGCUGCGCCCGGAAGCUGUUCGAGUUCAUGGACGAGCGCGACGUCAUCUCAUGGACUACUGUGAUCUCCAUGGAUGGCGAGGACGCCAUUGCAUUGUUGAACGGCAUGAGGCGAGACGUGGUGGCGCCGAACGAGGUCACCUUCGUGGCAUUGCUGUCGGCGCUGCCGGUAGACUGUCCGGUGAGGGAAGGGCAGAUGAUCCACGCGGCGUGCCUGAAGACCGGCCUGUCCGGCAAGGCGGUGGUGGCGAACAGCCUCAUUACCAUGUACUCGAAGCUUCAGCGCAUGGACGAUGCGAGGAUGGUCUUCAAUCUUACGCCUCAUCCGGAGAUCAUCGCUUGGAACGCUCUGAUCUCAGGUUACGCGCAGAAUGACAAGUGCGAGGACGCUCUUGAGGUCUUCUCGUCAAUGGUGAAGUGCAUGAAACCCAACGAGACCACGUUCGCAAGCGUCCUCAGCGCGGUGACCACGGUCGAGACGGUGUCCAUGGCUUACGGCCAGAUGUACCAUUGCCAGACUCUGAAGCUGGGGCUCGGCACCAGCGAAUACGUCUCUGGCGCUCUCAUCGACUUGUACGCGAAGCGGGGCAGCUUGGAGGAGUCCCGGAAGGCGUUCGGCGAGACUGUCCGCCGGAGCCUUAUUGCCUGGACAGCAAUCAUCUCGGCAAACACGAAGCACGGGAACUACGACUCCGUCGUGAACCUCUUCAACGACAUGGUACGCUCCGGCGUCGCUCCAGACGGCGUGGUUCUGCUCUCUGUCCUCACGGCCUGCCGAUACAGCGGGUUUGUCAGCUUGGGCCGGGAGAUAUUCGACUCCAUGACCGCCGAGCACGGCGCAGAGCUGUGGCCGGAGCACUACGCGUGCGUCGUCGACAUGUUAGGCCGCGCGGGCAGGCUGGAGGAGGCCGAGGAACUCAUGAUGCAGAUGCCGUCCGGACCGAGCGUCUCGGCCCUGCAGAGCCUGCUGGGUGCCUGCAGGAUCCACGGCAACACGGAGGUCGGCGAGAGGGUCGCCGGCGUCCUGACAGAGACGGAGCCCGCGGAGUCCGGGGCGUACGUGCUACUGUCCAACAUCUAUGCCGAGAAGGGCGACUGGGGAGGCGUGGCGAGGGUGAGGCGGCAGAUGCGGGAGAGGGGCGUCAAGAAAGAGGUCGGGUUCAGCUGGGUGGACGCCGGCAGCGUCGGCGACUCGCUGCACCUGCACAGGUUCUCGUCGGACGACACGACGCACCCGCUCACGGAGGAGAUAUUCAGAGUCGCUGAGGGGCUAGGCUGGGGGAUGAAAUUUUUCAAGAACUGUUUGCAAGAGGAGAUGGAAGAAGGCCUUACUUGAUAUCUGAAUCAGUUCUUUGGAAGUACCAGUGAAUUGAUUACAUUUUAUUUCAUAGUCUUAAGUUUGAGUUUUGAUCGGCAUAAUUAAAAAAAAUAUAU